UGACAUCUUCUGCAGGGUCAUCGAGUCAUACCAAUGGCUCGGAGAACAAAUUAACUGAUCUUCGUCCUGAAACUGCACGAGAAAUGGACGGCGAGAUUGUCGAGGUCACAUUCGACGAUUUCGCAUCUGUCUACCUUCCUUUUAACCCUCAGGACUCUGACGUCGAAGCCACUGUUAACAGCAUGGCGCCGGCCAGCAGGGACCCUCCUCCCCCUGUUACACCCAUCACCGAAACUUCUACGGACCAACCUGUUCGCCGCUCAACCCGCCCCAAGGCUGUCGGUGUAGUACGGAAGUCUGAACCAGAGGAAGAGAUCAGCAUCUUGUGCCAUACUCCGCAGGGUGACGUUCGAUUUAGCGACUUCCCUUUCCCUCCCAUUAGCUCCAGUGAUAAAGAAACCGAAUUCUACUCUCCCAUCCAGAAGAUCUCUGCAGCUGUUGUGAAGGGACCAGCGCCAGCUGGACGAGUGCGAAACUCGUUCGCGUAUCUGGAUUGCCCUCGAAAGUCGAUUGACGGCCGUGAAUCGAACAACUUUAUUGACGCUGCCGUUGCUCGCAAACAGCCAGCUUCCACUCAGCCUAGUGCGUCUCCAAAGACGUCGGACAUUGCUCUCGUGGCAGAAUACACAUUGCGAGUGGCCAAUGCACUCGAGAACGCAAAUCAGGCAGUUUCUGCCAACGUUCAAAUCAUGAACGAUGACGUUCGACGCAUGCAUUGCUACGGAAUGACUAUCGAAAGCGACCAAGUCAGGCUGUGGUACCACUCUCGCUCUCACUCGGCCGUUUCGCAACCGUUCAGCUUCGUAAAGGAACCGAAGAAAUUGAUCAAAGUUCUGCUUUCAUUCCUCUUCGCAACAGAGGAGGAGCUGGGCUACGACCUCAAGGUCACCAGCGUCGGCGACGAUUACAUUUUCGAGAUGGGCAGCCAGACUACCCCUCGUUUCUUCCGCACGCAGGGGCCGCCACUUUCCGAGUUUCGCUCUAGCUGUAUCACCGGUCGGAUGACUCGAGUCUGGAAGGUCGUUGAAGUGGAUUCCGCUUCCAAAGAUGCCGCAGUGCUCAGAGAUGGUACACCCUUCGUUUUAAAAGACGUGUGGAUCGAGGAGUCGGCGAUGACGGAACGUCAAGUCCAACAGGCCCUGUUCAAGGACAUUGAGGAUUAUUGGCGGAAUGUUGAUGUCGAAACCGAAGCACGUCUCGAAAAGGUCCACGAUACCGCUCGGGAGCUUCAGGCACAAGUCCGCAGUGGCGAGUACAAGAAGUGGUUCCUCACUAUCUUCUUGGAUUACGAGGGCCGACGCUCCAGACGCCUCCCGAAGAGUGCCCGACAACGUAGAGGGCUUUUACUGAAGGAGGGGGAAGUUCCGCCACUAGCCUCCCACAGUGGUACAACACGUCCGUUGUCACAGGCGGAAUCGUCGAAUCUUCCCCGACUGUUCGCCCCAAAGAAGCAAUAUCGCGCCCUCAUUGAGGAGGUGUGCAUUCCUGUGGGAGACAUCGAGCGAUUGGAUCAAGUGUUUCACGUCCUGGAUGGUGCCAUUCGGCCUCUACUGUUGAUGUUUGGCGCUCGCUGGAUUCAUCGCGACAUCAGCGCUGGCAAUAUACUUGGCCACCUUCAAGGUUCUGGUGCAGCCCCUCAUUAUCAGACCAAACUUAGUGAUUUGGAGUAUGCGAGACGUUACCCUCCUCCUGUUGACUACACUGCCGGAGGUGACCCGAAAACGGGUACGCCAUUUUUUAUGGCUUGCGAAAUUCUUCUCGGAGCUCCUCUGUGGUUGUUCAACGAAAACGCCGAUAUUGAAGCAAUCCGAGAAAUGAUUGACAAUCGAGCAGGCAGUUCCGCGCCGGUUGAGGAUCUUGAAGUAGUUCCCCAUCACCUUCACGACCUGGAGUCCAUUUGGUGGAUUGCUGCAUGGUCUAUCCUUUCUAGGGUCCCGGAUUCAACGGCCAAUACAUAUAGCCGUACCAUUUUCAUCAACGCCAUCAGACAAGCACCAAGUUCCGAAAGGAUCAAGCUGUUCACCCUUGGUAAACUCAAAGACAACGUCCCACAAGGCCGAUGUCUCGAUGGGGCUGCCACCGAGCUGACAAAACUAGGGAGGGCGUUACGCUCUUUGUAUGGCCUUCACACUACCAGUUGGGUGACUUACGGUCAAGAUUCCGAACAAGUCGUUGAAAUCUACGUCAGUGGAUUUGAGUUCUUCAUCAAAGUCUUCGGAUCUCUCCUACAGGAAGUGCCCGCUCUUUCCCUGACGACUUGCGGGGACAGAAACAUCGCACAAUCCAGCGCUCCACGUUCCAAACGAUGUCGACCAAAGGACGACGACGAGUACCAGCCUGGCGCUGGGGACUCAAAUGCGCCAUCGGGUUCAGGAAAGGGAGCGAAGCGGUCGAAAACUCGAAACAAGUCUGGUUCUGGGUCGAAAUCGCGUACUUCUACUUGUCAGAUGGCCUAG